AUGGCUGCAACUUCACGAGCUGCAAGAUCCUUUUUGUUUCGAGCUUCAAGAUCAAUAUUGCCUGCACUGGCAGCUUCGAGCCGAGCGACUUGCAUUUCCCCAGCCUUCACUCGUACAAACUUGAGCCCUGCCGGCUCGCUGUUGAUGAGGCAUUUGUCAACGAUGAAGGCCCUCGUCUACGACGGUUCAAACUCAGUGUCAUUGAAGGAUAAACCUCUCCCCACUAUCUCGAAGCCAACCGAUGUCAUAGUCAAAGUCACAAAGACAACCAUUUGCGGCACUGACCUCCACAUUCGCAAGGGCGACGUAGCGACAUGCCAGCCAGGCACCACGUUGGGUCACGAAGGUGUAGGUAUCAUCCACUCAGCGGGAGCUUCGGUCACAAGAUUCAAGGAAGGAGACCGAGUCCUCAUCUCAUGCAUCUCCAGCUGCGCUACGUGUGAGUACUGCCGCCGGGGCAUGUACAGUCAUUGCACGUCCGGUGGGUGGAUCCUCGGGAAUACCAUUGACGGCACCCAGGCCGAAUAUGUCCGCAUUCCCCACGCCGAAUCCAAUCUUCACCCGAUCCCGGACGGCGCCGAUGACUCCUCACUGGUGAUGUUAAGCGACAUCUUCCCGACAGGACUCGAAUGUGGUGUGCUGAAUGGGAAGGUACAGCCGGGCGGUACCGUCGCUAUUGUCGGCUCAGGUCCGAUCGGUCUGGCGGCUAUUAUCACGGCUCAGAUGUACUCCCCGUCUCAAAUCAUUGCCAUCGAUAUGGAUCCCAAGCGACUUGAUGUUGCAAGGCAAUUUGGCGCAACCGAGACUAUUGAUAGCUCCAAGGCAGAUGCUGCAGCCAAAGUCAAAGAGUUGACGGAGGGCAAGGGCGCUGACUCGGUCAUUGAAGCGGUGGGAAUUCCCGCCACCUUUGAUCUCUGUCAGAGCCUGCUCGCACCUGGUGGUGUUCUAGCGAAUGUGGGAGUUCAUGGAACAAAGGUUGACCUUCACCUCCAAAAUCUUUGGGACAAGAAUAUCUCAAUCACCACUAGACUUGUGGACACAACAACGACACCAAUGCUUUUGAAGCUUGUACAGUCUGGCAAAUUGCAACCCUCGCAACUUAUUACUCACCACUUCAAGCUUGGUGACAUGGAGAAGGCAUAUGAUACCUUCGGAGAAGCGUCUAAACAUGGUGCUUUGAAGGUUGUGAUUGAUGUGGAUUGA